AUGGCGGCGGCGGGCGCGGGGGCCGGGCCCGGGCCCGGGCCCGGUGCGGGUUCCUCGGCCGGUGCCGGUGCUUCCAACCCGCGGAAGUUCAGCGAGAAGAUCGCGCUGCAGAAGCAGCGCCAGGCGGAGGAGACGGCGGCCUUCGAGGAGGUGAUGAUGGAGAUCUGCUCCACCCGGCUGCAGGCGCAGAAGCUGAGGCUGGCACACAGCCGGGGACCCUACUACAGCGGCUCCCUGCCCAACGUCAACCAGAUCGGCAGCGGCGUCUCCGACUUCCAGGGCCCUUUGCACUCGCCGCUGGACUCCACGCGCAGCACCCGGCACCACGGCUUGGUGGAGCGAGUGCAGCGGGACCCACGCCGGAUGAUGUCCCCGCUUCGCCGAUACGUCCGACAGAUCGACAGCUCUCCCUACGGACCGACCUACCUGUCGCCUCCGCCCGAGCCCAGCUGGAGGAGGACCAUGCCCUGGGGUAACUUCCCUAUGGAGAAAGGACAUUUGUUUAGGCUGCCGUCGGCUCUCAACAGAACAAAUUCCGACUCGGCGCUUCACACGAGCGUGAUGAACCCCAACCCCCAGGACGCGUACCUGGGCCCCUCGCAGGGCGCCCCGCCACCCGGCCGCCGGAGCGGUUUUCUGGACGGGGACGCAGACAGUAAAGUGCCUCCCAUCGAAGAGACCUUCGACGACAACAAGCAUUCGCUGAAGCCCUGGGACACCAAGAAGCUCUCGUCGUCCUCGGCCCGUCCACGCUCCUGCGAAGUCCCUGGGAUCCACAUAUUUCCAUCCCCGGAUCAGCCUGCCAACGUCCCCCUCAUCCCCUCGGCCCUCAACACGGGCGGCUCCCUUCCCGACCUCACCAACCUGCACUUCCCCUCCCCGCUGCCCACCCCUCUCGACCCGGACGAGACCGCUUACCCCAGCCUGAGCGGGGGCAACAGCACCAGCAACCUGGCCAACACCAUGACGCACCUGGGCAUCAGCGGCAGCAUGGGACUGGGGACGGGCUACGACUCGCCAGGACUUACCUCACCUAUGCAGAGCUCCCUGAGUAACCCGUCCCUGCAGUCCUCGCUUAGCAAUCCCAACCUCCAGGCCUCCCUGCGAAGCCCCUCGCUCCAAUCCUCCCUCAGCAACCCCUCGCUCCAAUCCUCCCAAAGCAGUUCCUCCAUCCCUUCCUCGCUCUCCAACCAGUCCCUGCCCUCCUCCCUCUCCUCCUCGCUCAGCAAUCCCUCCCUCCCCACGUCCCCCCGCAGCCAGCCCAUGCAAUCUUCCCCCAGCAACCCCAGCCUGCCCUCCGGCUUGAGCGGCUCUUCCUACGCCCCCAUGGUGCAGGCGUCCAUAAACACCUCGCCCCGCCGACGGGUCCCGCUCAGCCCCCUCACCCUCCCAAUGGGUGGCGACUCCAGAAGGCAGCACCCCAAACAGUUCUCACCAACAAUGUCACCCACAUUGUCCUCCAUCACCCAGGGGGUGCCCCUGGACACCAGCAAGCUGCCGGCCGACCAGCGGCUCCCGCCGUACUCCUACAGCCAGCCCGGCCUGCUCCUGCAGUCCCAGCCGAGCCAAAAAGCCCUGCACCAGCCCGUGCAGUCCCCCCCGCAGCCGGCACUGCCUCCCGCCCCGCCGGCACGGCCUCCGCCGCCACCGGUGCCGCCGAGCGGGGCCGCGCAGCGCCCGUACGGCCCCCAGUACCAGCCUAACGCCUCCCUGCAGCAGCAGCAGCAGCUGGGACAACCCCUGAGCGACUUCGGCUUGGGCAGCUUUGAGCAGUUCGGGAUGGGGGAAAGCCCCACCGGUAACAGCGGCGGUUUCCCCGAGGAGCUGGGGACCCUGAGCUACCCCCCAACCGAGGGCGCCUACGACCCCCACGUCCUCAACCGGCAAAACCUGAGCAACUGCAGCCGCCACGGCCCCAUCCCCAACAUCAUCCUCACAGGGGAUUCUCCCCCCGGCAUCUCCAAGGAGAUCGCGACGGCGCUGGCCGGCGUCCCCGGUUUCGAGGUGGACGCGGCGGCGUUGGAUCUGGAGGAGGAUCUGAAAAUCGAACCCCUCACCCUGGACGGACUGAACAUGCUGAGCGACCCCUACGCCCUGCUCCCCGACCCGGCCGUGGAGGACUCCUUCCGCACCGACCGCCUCCAGUGAGGGGCC